AUGCGUUCUUUUCUACAAACGAUGAAAAGGUGGCGCGAGGAACGCAAUCUCAUCAAGAACCCAGCGAAACAGGAUGAUCAAAAGGUCAAAGCGUCCAUUGCCGCCCUGCACCACGAAGAACGUGAGUUCAUCGAGAACGUGGAGAAACAGAACAAUGAACAAGUGCAAGCACUCCUCGCCGCCUUACACAAGUCACAAUGUAACAUGGACCCGCUUAUAGCCGCUCAGGUGUACAACAGUCGUUUCUGUCCCCUUACUAGCCGGUUUCCAGAUGAACUCCUCCUCUGUAUUCUCGACUUUUUACACGACGAUGUCGUUACGUUGUCUUGUCUCCGGAUAGCUUCAAGAAAAUUUCUUUACAUCAUUGGCAAUCAACUGCUGCGGCAAGACCCAUUUUUCGGUCUGUAUCAUCCUAGCCUGCUCUCGGAGGUUCCAAAGGGCCAGUUUCGGCGGCUAAUACAGAGGGAUGGCCGGUGCAAUGACUGCAGGCAAUGGAAUGAAACCUGUGACCCUCGAUACUCUGAUUGCUGCAAAUUCUGGCCGAGCAGUGCCUGUUUCGAAGAUUUUGCAGAGUAUAUCCGGCUUUGUCGCAAGCUCCACUGCUAUGCCUGCGACAGUCUUCACUCCGCUUGGGAAUUUUCCUUCGAAAACAGGCAAUAUUCAGGCUAUUGGCGAAAACGACGAUGUCUAGGACAACAGGGAUCGGUUGAGUUGUGCAACCAUAUUCAAAUCACUUGGGCCGCUAUCAAGGCCCAUAUUGAUGACUGGCGGCGGCAGCAGCACUAUCGAGGAGGAGACUGGCAAGCCUGUCUUGAUAGCUUCAGCAUCGAGUGUCACGAUGCCAACCAUGACAUACGCUGUACAGCCUCAGAGCCACCAACCUGGCCUCGGGCCCGUCUCAGCACCACGUAUAUUGACAACGCCAACCCAGACACUGUGGUCCUCAAUCUAGAAUGGACACCUCAUAGCCGUAUCGAUACAAUGGCCCUCACCGCCAAUGGCCGAAUACCUGCACCAGAGCUGAGGUUGUUAUUCCAUAGGCUUCGAGGUUUAGGCCCUGCCAACGCUUUGUACCCUUUGUCCCGUUUUGGCGAUCCGCCUGAAAUGGCAUUUUUCGGUCCACUUUCCCAUCUUCGGCAAUUUGUUCACUACCAGACUGGAGAAAAUGAUCAAACAAGACCUCUUCCAACCUUGAUCCCAUCGAUUCACACAGAUAUGGGAUUACAGCCACAUGUUUCUUCUAUAGACGGUGGUCAUGGAAAGAAGCUAACCAUGAAACUACAUUCCUUGAAAAGUACUGGUGCUGCUUCCAUCUCCUCGUACUGUAUUGUACUUCGUUACGAGAGAGAUAUCGUAAUCUGCAAGGCGAGGGACCUGGCAGAUCCUACUGUCAAGAUCGUUCCCACCCACUGUUGGCUGCACACCAUGGAUACGCAAACUUACCCGCACCCACAAGCAAGCCAUGUCAGGCCCCAGUGUAAGGACGUUACUUGUGUCAAUUACUUCAAGAGGCACAAAGGCCGUCAUCGCUGCACAGGCUGGAAUUGCUUCUAG